GCCGGCGCCCAAUCAGCGCGCGGAGCUCAUUAAUAGUGACUAGCCGGCCCCGCCCCCGGCCCUCGCGGCGCCGCCGCCCGCGCAGACCCGGAGCGCGGCCGCGGACGAAGAUGGCGACCGCCAUGUACUUGGAGCACUACCUGGACAGUAUCGAGAACCUUCCCUGUGAGCUUCAGAGGAACUUCCAGCUGAUGCGAGAGCUGGACCAGAGGACGGAAGCCGUUUCUCUCUCAGAUAAGAAAGCUGAGAUUGACAUCCUGGCCGCGGAGUACAUCUCCACCGUGAAGACGCUUUCCUCAGACCAGCGCGUGGAGCACCUGCAGAAGAUCCAGAGCGCCUACAACAAGUGCAAGGAGUACAGUGACGACAAGGUGCAGCUGGCCAUGCAGACCUACGAGAUGGUGGACAAGCACAUCCGGAGGCUGGAUGCAGACCUGGCUCGCUUUGAGGCGGACCUAAAGGACAAGCUGGAGGGCAGCGACUUCGAGAGCUCUGGAGGACGGGGGCUAAAAAAAGGUCGAGGUCAGAAAGAAAAGAGGGGCUCCAGGGGUCGCGGCAGGAGGACCUCAGAAGACGACACCCCAAAGAAGAAGAAGCAUAAAGGAGGGUCCGAGUUCACCGACACCAUCCUGUCCGUGCACCCCUCUGACGUGCUGGACAUGCCCGUGGACCCGAACGAGCCCACAUACUGCCUGUGCCACCAGGUGUCCUACGGGGAGAUGAUUGGCUGUGACAACCCGGACUGCCCCAUCGAGUGGUUUCACUUUGCCUGUGUGGACCUGACCACGAAGCCCAAAGGAAAAUGGUUCUGUCCACGGUGUGUUCAGGAGAGGAGGAAGAAGAAGUAAGGCUGGGGCGGACACUGGACCAGAAGAGCAAGUUAAUAUAUUCCCUCAUUCAUGUUGCAAUAUUUUACAUUCAUUUUAAAACUAUCUUGUUUCCGACGAUAUUUAAUAGCUCAACGGCCAGUUGUCAUUCUGGAUGUUUCCUUGAACAGACGAGAAGCCACCUGAGCCCUGUUGCACAGAUGAGCAGUCUUAGGGGACCUGCCACAGUGACUCCAUUCUUGUGACUUUCGUACAGACCCCUGGCCCUGAGCAUGGCGGUCACCUCCGGUGGCCCCAGGACUCCGUGGGGCGCGUGGCUGGUGCACUGCCGUCGCAUUGCAUCUGGAGCCGUGAGCCCCGGCGUCCGGCUGGCUUCCUGGGGCGGCUCGCCGAGGCCCUGGUGCCGCCGUGGGCACCUCUGAGCCUUGCCAGGAGUGGGGGCCUGUGGAGCCUGAGACGUGCCCAGAAGGGCCAGCCCUGCCCGGGCGGGGCCUCCGCCCCACUGUGCACUGCCUUCACCUUCGGACUGCCUGUUCCCUCCAUGAGGGGUUUUCUUUCCGGAGUAAGCGACUCUCCAUUAGCAAACGGGCUUGUCGGUGCCGUGACCGGUUCGGAUAAGACAGCCCAGUGGAAGGGCCGGCGGUCCGUUUCUCCGGAAAUUCUGACUCUGUACUGUGAAGAUGAGUUAUUGUGGUAGCAUGAAGAUAGUGGUCUGUGUGAACAUGAAGUGAGCCCAGGCUGCCGGGAGCUGACCUGAGACCUGUUGACUUGCCCAGCAGGUCAGCCGCUCAGACUGAGGGGUGACAAUUAUGUGAUAUGAUUUGUGAGCUUCUCGUGCCACAGGAGCAGUUUUGCGUGAAGCCAGGAAACCCGCGUGUCUUUCCUCCGCGAUCAGCACGCGGCCUUGGACCCGCCUUGGUGGUCAUGGUGGGGGUGGUCCAGGCGUGGACCCCCCGCAUGGCUUCUGCAGGCGGACUCUCCCCUGAGGCCGUCCAGGCGUGUUUGGAAGGCGGCGGGCACGGUGGCUCUGCCUCAGGCGCGGAGUCCGCAACACAUACUGGAGGCCCAGCUUCCCGGUGUGGACGGACCGCGUCCUGUCUGUGAGGAGGGCCAUUGACAGGGACCCAUCUGCUUUCCCCUGAUGGCCACCCGUCCUGUGCGCUCCCGAGAGCAGAGACUGCGUCCUGUGGGGCUGCUGCCCGUGGGGCCCCUAUUGUCCUACAGGCGACGGGGGCCCGCCCUGGGUCCGCAUCCGAGCACCUUGCGUCUGACCCUGUCCUCUCCAGAGGGAGCUGGCAGCCAGGACUUGCUCCGCGAAGACUGCGGGCGGUCUGUGCAGCGCAUGGCCCUCGGGGCUCCCGCGGGCGGGCGUGGGGUGUGGCUGCUGCUGCCCCUCGGCCCCGGGCUCAUCCCGGCCACGCAGCGCUCCUGAGGAAGGGGCCCGCUGGCACCCGCAGCCUCUGCCUUGGCGGGAAACCCGGGGGAGUUGGUGUUUAGUAACUUAGGUUUUAGUUAGCACGGAUGUUUAAAGAUUAUGGGCAGUAAAUUGUGGAAAAGGUUUUUUUUUUUCAGUCCUUUACCAGUUUUUGUGGAUAAGAUAGGUAAGUACAGUAUGUUUGUGGUGAUUUUUCAGAAGCUCAUUUCAUCUUCGACCCAUUCACAUCACUGUUCCCACGGGAGGGGGAUUUGUGGACGCAGGUGGACGGCGGUCCUAAGCCUCAGCGGGGUGCCCACCGCCUGGGCCGUUCCUCAGGAAGGUGACUGACUUCCCUGUCAGAAGCUUUCGUUUAAAGUUGGAUGGUGUCACCCUGCUUGUCAGCGUGUAACAUGCCAUCUGCGGACCUUUUUGGGAAAGUUUCUGUGCUAAUGUUUCCAGCGUUUAUUUUGCCGGUUACAGUAACAUCACCGAAAUAACACGCAUGUAGCUUUGGAGAAAAUGGAAAACAUGAGCAGAACAGAGAGAGUCCCCAGAACGUUUUUGGGCCCCGGCCUAAUGCCUCCUGACCAUGCCGCUGCCUGCCAGGCGGAAGACGCUGGGGAGGCUGUGUGGUCAGGAGCAUCCCCGCCCGCGGGGUUGGCGGGAGUCCACACUGCUCGCCCCUUGCCCCCGUCGGGACGCUUGCUGGUCUCGGGGGCUGGCGCCAGGGGCAGGCUGGCCACUGCCGCAGCACUCCUGAGCCAGCGAGGCUGCGGGCCCCCAGGGUCCUCCUCGGGGUCUGCUUGUGAGGGAAGAGGCUUCUUGUGCAGAGAAGCAGCGUCGUCCGUUUCCAGUGCUGCUCAUAUCUGUCAGCAAUGGUUGAAACAUCCUUUUGUUUUCCUGCAGGAGAGCAUGUGCUGCACUGGUGGGAGCAGGUGUUAAGCUGGGCUCCCGCCUCUGUGGCGGAGCUCAAGGGGCUCACGGCUGGCACAUGAGGCCUGUGUGACCAUCCCCGCCGCGGGCCGGGCCCCUGAGCAGGCGGAUGCGAUCCUGGUGCUGGCAGGGCUACCUGAGCCAGGCAGCCUCCCGUCUGCCCUGAGGCGGCAGACGCCUGGACGUGGCCCCCGGGCAGUUGCAUGUCAGCCCUGCCUCCUGACCCGUCACUGGCAGCCCUCGGCGAGGACUGCUUCGAGCAAUAACACUGUCCAAAGAGCAGCUUCCUGUGUGGUCACAGCCAGGGUGUGCCCUGUGCAGGGCUGGGACACGUGGGGUUUCAGGCUUUCCUCAGCGUUUUGUGAACAGUGUGGUUGGUUUUCAUUACCUGUGCCGAGAGGAAUUUUAAAACGGGAAGUCUAAGAAAAGCGUUCUCAUUCAGGAGAGAAUUCUGUGAAGUUUCCUCCCCGCUAGUAUGUAUUUGUGGUGUUCAUCUUACCACAUCUCAUCCAAAAAGAUGAUGCAGCUUUAACCUGAAUGUUACAUUGUGUUUUCAAGGAAUUAUUAUUGAUGUUCUCUUUGUAAAAGAAAGAAAUAUUGUAAAUCUUUUUAUUAAAUAAUGUAAAGAUGUAUAUCUGUAUUUUUGGAUCAUGUUAUAGAUGAUGGAUAUAUUGUUUAACGAAUAAAGUAUUUUUUGGAA